GGUCGGAGGGUUUAAGUGAUUGUUUAUAACGUGCACGGAACGUCUCCAACACAGCUAAGAUUUCAGACCGCGUACAAGAAGCGCAGCCGGUGUGAGCACUGUGUCUCGAUCGGCUGGCUCCAAGACUCCAGCCUCCAGCGGAAACACGCUGCCCGGGAGGCGCCGGCGCCAGGAGACUCUGGGAAAAGAAGGUGCGAGGGAAGGAGCGCGCAGCUCACUUAUCGCGGUGUUUCCUCCCUCUUCGCUCCCGGGGGAGCUCUCGCGAGAGGAGCAAGGGGAAGAUGGCCGUGCCCUGUUUUUCGGUGUGAGGUAGUGGAGGUGGCGGCUGUGGCGGCUGGACUGGGAUUCUAGUGUCGUGCGUACCUGAGCUCUAGCUCCCCCCAGCGAGCGCGCGUCCCUUUGGGCCUAGGCGAGAGGCAGCUCUUCUUCCUCCGGGAGAUGCGUUUGUCCCGGGCUCGGAGGUGCUCUGGGAGUUCAUGCUGCGCUGGAGGCUCCUGGCCACCGCUCUAAUCGCCUUGUGCCGCCGCAGCGCCAGCUCCGUCGCCGGCGGUGAGCCUCCCGGAUCCCCCCCCCGCCCCUGGCGGCGGCGAUGACCGGGGAGAAGAUCCGCUCACUGCGGAGGGACCACAAGCCCAGCAAAGAAGAGGGGGACCUGCUGGAGCCCGGAGAUGAGGAAGCGGCGGCUGCCCUCGGCGGCACCUUUACCGGAGGCAGGAUUGGCACAGGCAGCAGCGGCAAGGGCGGUAAAGCCUGUCACAGGCUCUUCAGUAACCAUCACCACCGGCUGCAGCUGAAGGCAGCUCCGGCCUCCUCCAAUCCCCCCGGCGCCCCGGCCCUGCCGCUGCACAAUUCCUCCGUGACUACCACCUCCCAGUCCCCGGCUCUUCUAGCCGGCACCAACCCCGUUGCUGUCGUCGCAGAUGGAGGCAGUUGCCCCGUACACUACCCGGUGCACGAGUGCGUCUUCAAGGGAGAUGUGAGGAGACUGUCCUCUCUCAUCCGCACACACAAUAUCGGGCAGAAAGAUAAUCACGGAAACACUCCUUUACAUCUUGCUGUGAUGUUAGGAAAUAAAGAAUGUGCCCAUUUACUUUUGGCUCACAAUGCUCCAGUAAAGGUGAAAAAUGCUCAGGGAUGGAGCCCUCUGGCGGAAGCCAUCAGCUAUGGAGAUAGACAGAUGAUUACAGCUCUUUUAAGGAAGCUUAAGCAGCAAUCCAGGGAAAGUGUUGAAGAAAAACGACCUCGAUUACUAAAAGCCCUGAAAGAGCUAGGUGACUUUUAUCUAGAACUUCACUGGGAUUUUCAAAGCUGGGUGCCUUUACUUUCCCGAAUUCUGCCUUCUGAUGCAUGUAAAAUAUACAAACAAGGUAUCAAUAUCAGGCUUGACACAACUCUCAUAGACUUUACUGACAUGAAGUGCCAACGAGGGGAUUUAAGCUUCAUUUUCAAUGGGGAUGCGGCACCCUCUGAAUCUUUUGUAGUAUUAGACAAUGAACAAAAAGUUUAUCAGCGAAUACACCAUGAGGAAUCAGAGAUGGAAACUGAAGAAGAGGUUGACAUUUUAAUGAGCAGUGACAUUUACUCUGCAACUUUAUCAACCAAGUCAAUUUCUUUCACACGUGCCCAAACAGGAUGGCUUUUUCGAGAAGAUAAAACAGAAAGAGUAGGAAACUUUUUGGCAGACUUUUAUCUGGUGAAUGGACUUGUUUUAGAAUCAAGGAAAAGAAGAGAACAUCUCAGUGAAGAGGAUAUUCUUCGAAAUAAAGCCAUCAUGGAGAGUUUGAGUAAAGGUGGAAACAUAAUGGAACAGAAUUUUGAGCCGGUUCGAAGACAGUCCCUUACCCCGCCUCCUCAGAACACUAUUACAUGGGAAGAAUAUAUAUCUGCUGAAAAUGGAAAAGCUCCUCAUCUGGGUAGAGAGUUGGUGUGCAAAGAGAGUAAGAAAACGUUUAAAGCCACAAUAGCCAUGAGCCAGGAAUUUCCCUUAGGGAUUGAGUUAUUAUUGAAUGUUUUAGAAGUAAUAGCUCCCUUCAAGCACUUUAACAAGCUUAGAGAAUUUGUUCAGAUGAAGCUUCCUCCAGGAUUUCCUGUAAAAUUAGAUAUACCCGUGUUUCCCACGAUCACAGCCACUGUGACUUUUCAGGAGUUUCGCUAUGAUGAGUUUGAUGGCUCCAUCUUUACUAUACCUGAUGACUACAAGGAAGACCCAAGCCGUUUUCCUGAUCUUUAACUGACAUGGAAAAUGAUACCAUCUAACCAAGGAAGGAGAAUGCAGAGACCCCAAAAGUGAAUCCGAAUAGAAGGGACAAAUGCUUUCAGCGAAGAAAAGGGAAUUACACAUUGAAUCGACACAUCAGUAAUAUGAUAUAAUGAAAUGGGCCUCUAAUAAGAAUUUAGCAAGUUUCCUGAUGUGCCAUUUUCAGUCUUUUAAAAAUAUAUACAUAUUAUAAACAUAAUAGUUUGACACGUUAAUGACCCUAAGACCUUCGUAUGUAAAGCAGCUAUGAGUGCUGUGAUUUGUUUUUAAAAAUUUUUACACUUCUUGUUGAAAUAUAUAUGCAUAUAAAUAUAUCUAUAUCUAUAUCUAUAUCUAUAUCUAAAACACUCCUGGACCAUUAACAUAAAUUAAAUGUCUUAAGAGAUAUGAAGCCCUUUUAAACUUGUCAUCUUAUAUUCAAGGUGACAUUUAUAAAUAUUCCUUCAAGCUUUGUUUUCAUAAAAUGUAAACUAUGUAACAUUAUGUAUAUAUAGUUCAGUAAUUUGAAUGUUUGUUCAAUAUAAUGAACUAGAAGGAAUGCAAUUUUCUGUAGAUGAAUGAACCAAAUGGUAACCAUUAAACAAUUGCAUUUAUAUGUUGCAAUACAUUUCAGAAGGAGCGUUCACUCUGCAGGGAAUAAGGUACCUCCUUUAGCACCUUAGUGCAAUUCAUUGUGGUGCUAUUUGUUUUUACUUGAAUUCUUUCUUCAAUGGAAAAUGUUUGUUACUAAUCUUCUUUUCAUAGAACCUCUAUUUUUUUUCUAAACUUGAGUUUAAUAGUUCUUGUUAUGUUCAUGAUAAGAUAUGGUUAGCAUGCUUAAAGAUAUUCCUCUUCCAAAUCUCAGCACUUUAAAAAAUUCCAAAUUUUUAAACUUGCUUACUAAUAAGUGCACACCAGUCUGAUUAUUUUGUUUGUUUUUAGUGGAGUAUGGAUGCAUUGGUGUCAAUUUUAAAAAACAAUUCACGUAUUUUGGACAACCCUACAUAUUUAAUGCUUUCAAAAUAAGGUAAAAACAUUUUAUAUGGUAACAGAAUAUAUUUGUUACAAGUUCAAGUCCUGAAGUAUACACAAGAUUGACAAUUCCUAUUGUUUAUUUUUUUAAGUCACUGGAAAAUAUUUAUUGAUUUUAAUUGUCUCCAAAAUGUUAAAAUCAUGCAGUACUCAUUUUUGCACUUAAAAUUUUUCAUAUUUAUUCCAAGAUGGUUUGAAGGUCCAAGAAUGAAAAUAAAUUAGGGAGAAUAAUGUAUAAGAGUUAUAAAGUGUCAUGUUGUAUUAAAGAGCUUAGCUAAAUGUUUUUUAAAUGUAUCCUGAUAAAUGUGUUGAGUGCAUCUAUCAAGUAUUUUUAAAGUGACCAGUAGUUUACACUUUUUCCAGGAUUUUAGAUAAUUUGAAAUAAGUUUAGAGACCCUUAUUGAAGAGAUGAUUUAUUUAAAAAUCCAAAACAUUGACCAUAAGAAAAAUUUUAUAAUAAACAUCUUUAAAGCCACAUAUUCCAUACUGAUAUAUACAUUGCAUAUGUUGACAUUUUAUUAAAUACAUUUUAUAAUGAAGAAAAAUAAUUAUAGUUAAAGACCUAAUUACUACCUUAUGUGGGUAAUGAAUUUUGGGGAAAGAGUUGGUAUAUCCAGACUAGCCUUGUUGAAUAGAAGUUGAUCUUUAUUAUUUGGGGAAUGAUUGUAGAUCAAGUGACUUAGAGACUGAACUAUCCAGUCAAUGGUUAUAUGACGUUUGAGACACUGAAAGGCAGUGAUCACUGUUGUUUUCGGGCUCCCUUACUUUGUAGGAAUCUGGUAUACUUUCAGAAAUAUAUUGCAGAUUUUUUCAUAAGUCCAGACACCUUAGGAAGAAACAUGGAAAUUGUAGCUUGGGAUUUUUCAGUUUCCUAACAGCUAUGAAUAUUUUGCUGGGGUACAGUGGAGGUGGGAAGACUACUAAAAAUUUUUGCACUUGGAUUUUGUUUUUAAGACUUAUUUUCUUUAAAGGAUAGUAGAAACAAAUUAUCCAUUCCAAUGUCUUUGAUCACAAAGAACAAACAAAUGUUAGUAUCUCUUAUGAUGGUGGAAAAAAGGAAUUAAUUAAUGCAAAUAAACUUUUCACAAUAUUAGAUUUUUCAAAAUGUGCCUUUUAAUGCAGUUAAUGAAUGAAGCUUUAUGCACUGUCUCAAAUGAAUAGGUCAUAACACCAUGUAUUUUGAUAAUUUCACAUGAAAAUCAAGAUUUUAUAAUGUAGGUAUAUAAAAUUUUAUAUGCCUUCCAUUUGGGAUUUUAGAAACUGUUUAAAUUGGGGGUAACCAUGAGAUAGUCAUCUUAACUGCCACCAGGUAUCUAAAGAAGAUAUGGUUCCUGGCCUCCAGAAAAUAGUUCUUUGAUGAGAUAAUUUGCUCUCUGUAGAUGUUCAUAUACAGAGAAUUGUCAAACUUCAUAAAAGGGAAGUAUAAAGCAGAUGCCAUGAUUACUGUGAGUGUAAGUAAGUUCCUAUGAUGGUUUGGGAAUUAAUACUUCUGUCACCUGACAACUGAAGUAGCUGAAAAGCUAUUUCAUUUCCUUCUCCUGCUCAGAACUGGAAUUAAGCCCCCCUCACACUAAUAAAAAUGGGUUUUUAUAGA